AUGGUGGAGAUCAUCGAGCAGCACGAGAAGGCGUACCAGAAGCAGGCCGGGGUGAAUGUCGGGUUCCGGAGGCCGGCGAAGAGGGUGCCGGGCAAGCACGGGCUGCGGUACCACAAGACGGUCGGCCUGGGCAUCCGCACCCCGAAGGAGGCUAUCGAGGGCAAGUACAUUGACAAGAAGUGCCCGUUCACCGGCACGGUCACCAUCCGCGGCCGCAUGAUGACGGGCAUCGUCAAGUCCACCAAGAUGACGCGCACCAUCGUCGUCCGGAGGAACUACAUGCACUUCAUCCGCAAGUACUCGCGGUAUGAGAAGCGCCACACCAACACCCCCGCGCACAUCUCGCCGUGCUUCCGCUGCAAGGAGGGCGACAAGGUGCAGAUCGGGGAGUGCCGGCCCAUCUCCAAGACGGUCCGGUUCAACGUCCUCAAGGUGUUCCCGUCGACCAACAAGGGCGGCAAGGGCUUCGGCUCCUUCUAA